GCUAACCGGAAAAGGAAGUGCGUCAUCGUACUUCCUGGUAGUUGGCGCCAGCAAAAGGCGGGUAAAUGGUGAGGGCCAGUUCGCUGGUUUGUUGCGCAUUACCGCGAAAGUCUGCUCGCAUUUCCCUUUCUGGAAAUCUCACGAAAACAACCAGCCGGGUGCAAUGGCGUGUAAAAGAGGAGCGCUCAUUGUGCUGGAGGGGGUGGACAGGGCCGGGAAAACGACGCAGUGCAAAAAGCUGGUUCAGGCGCUGCAACAAAGCGGUCGGCCCGCAGAGAUGAUGAGGUUCCCCGACAGAACCACGAAAAUUGGAGAGCUGAUCGGCGCCUACCUGGAGAACAAGAGUGAUUUGGAGGACCACACGGUGCACCUGCUGUUCUCUGCAAACCGCUGGGAACUGGUACCUUUAAUGAAGAAGAAGCUGGAGCAAGGCACCAUUCUGGUUGUGGAUAGAUAUGCCUUCUCUGGAGUUGCUUUCACCAGUGCCAAGCCGGACUUCUGUAUAGACUGGUGCAUGAAACCUGAUGUUGGACUGCCAAAGCCGGACCUCGUUGUUUUUCUACAGCUCAGCCCUUCUGAGGCUGCUCUCAGAGGUCAGUUUGGAGAAGAGAGAUAUGAGACCAACGCUUUCCAGAGAAAAGUUCAACAGAAAUUUGAACAGCUGAUGAAAGAUCCCUCAAUCAACUGGCAGGUAAUUGAUGCUUCUCAGAGUGUUGAGGAUGUGCACAAGGACAUCAUCAACCACAGCCAUAGUACUAUAAACACAGCUCAGAACCUGCCGAUUGGUGAGCUAUGGAAGUGAACGUAAACCAGUUUGGGUGAAACUGCUGUUUUAAGACCAAACACUCUGUAUAAUACUAUGUAGUUAUUGUAUUAUUAUUAUUGUUGUUGAUGUUAUCUGCUAUAAUAAUUCUCUUUUGCACACUAUACACUUUGUUUAGCCAAAUUUUUUAGUUGCUAUAGCUUGAUUGAAAGCAGAAGAUAAAUGCAAAUAUAAUAUCACACUGUCUUGAAAUUGAAGAGAGAUAUACAGUUGUCAAAUAUCAGAUUCGGAUUUUAUUUUUAGUUUUAAUCCUCAUACAUGUCUAUUCUUUCACCUGUCUAUAUAUUUUGUUGAUUAAAUAAAUAAUCUUCAAAUGA